AUGGCGCUUCCUCUCGCGAGCGGGGCGGAGGUGGCGGCCUGGGGGGCAGCAUCGAGGCGCAGCAGCCGCCCCGCCGAGGGCGGGCCCGCGGGCUGCAGGGGCGAGGCCGUCGAGCCGGAGAGGCCAGUGCGAGCAGCGGAGCAGUGGCUGGGGCGCAGGUGGUCGGGAGAGGGAACACGACUACGCGCAGACGGGCGUCCCACGGCGGCGCACAGCAAGGUGCUGCUGCUGCCCCCAGCAGGUCUCGGCAUCGCUCGGACGUGUGCAUUUUUUCUCGGCGAGAACCAUCGAGGACCAUCCUGGACCAUCGAGCAAUAA